GUGUCCUCCGCGCCACAGUCCCGCAGCGCAACCCAGUCUCCGAGCGGGACUUCAGCACCUUGGCGCAUGAGUUUCAUCCAACACGCGGCCGACCACGUCCCGUGCCGUCCCGUCGCCCCCGCUGCUAGCCCACAGUUGCAGAGGACCAUGCAGUGGUGAACUCCUCGAGUCGUUCAAGCUCCACACUUGGUUGACAGACAGUUGUGUUCCGGAGCCGAGACGGGGACGAGAGCUGCGUGACGAUGACGGCCAAGACUUUGGAGAAAGUUCCGGUGAGUCUCGGGGGCUUCAUCCAUCCCGCGGCCGACACCGCGUACUCGGUGGACGACAUGGCCACCUCGGUCGCGGUGUUUCCCAACGGCGACCUGGGAGCGCAUUACGACCAGAUGAGCGGAGUAGCAGACGGUUUGAUGAGCGGGGACCUGGGCGCAGACAAGCGCUCUCUGGACCUGUCCUCGUAUCCAAGUGGUUUCUCUCAGCUCCCGCCCCACCGCAACCAGGCUCUGACCUACAUGGGCAAGUUCUCCAUCGACUCCCAGUACCCGGGCAACUGGAACCCCGAGGGAGUCAUCAAUAUCGUCUCGGCGGGCAUCUUGGGCAUGGCGCAACCGCCGCCUCCCCAUCCUCCUCCUCUUCCUCCACCGCCCUCAUCCUCGGCUUCAUCCUCACCGGCUUCGUCGGGAUCCCCGAAUCACUUCUCCAGCGGAGCUCUGAGCUGCACAAUGGCAGUUCAGAACCAGGGAGAAAUGGACCACCACCUCUACUCGCCACCGCCUCCCUACUCCUCCUCGAGCUGCGGGGAGAUCUACCAGGACCCCUCGGCGUUUUUAUCCGCCUCCGCCUGUCCCAUCGCUUCCUAUCCGCCUCCCUCUUACUCCUCACCCAAGCCGCCCAUCAGCUCGGAUGCAGCGGGGAUCUUCCCCAUCAUCCCCGACUACUCGGGCUUCUUCCAGCCCGCCUGCCAACGGGACAUGCAAGCGGCGGGCAUGCCGGACCGAAAACCGUUCGGCGCCUGCCCGAUCGAUUCAUUCCGCGUUCCUCCACCCCUGACCCCGCUCAACACUAUCAGGAACUACACGCUGGGUCCGAGCGGCGGCGGCCCCGAAGGAGGGCUACCCAGGCUUCCGUCCGCCUACAGCCCACAAAACCUGCCUCUGAGGCCGAUCCUGCGGCCCAGAAAGUAUCCGAACAGACCCAGCAAGACACCCAUUCACGAGCGGCCUUACCCCUGCCCCGCCGAGGGAUGCGACAGGCGGUUCUCCCGCUCCGACGAGCUGACCCGGCACAUCCGGAUCCACACGGGACACAAGCCCUUCCAGUGCCGCAUCUGUAUGCGCAACUUCAGCCGCAGCGACCACCUCACCACGCACAUCCGCACGCACACCGGGGAGAAGCCCUUCGCCUGCGACUUCUGCGGCCGCAAGUUCGCCAGGAGCGACGAGAGAAAGAGACACACUAAAAUCCACCUGAGACAGAAGGACAGGAAGUCCUCCGCCGUUUCUUCCUCGUCGUCUUCGUCCAACAGCUCGGGCCUGGAUCGCUCGUCCGGCGGCAUGUGUACAUAGAGCGGCAGGGUGGAUCGCUGAGAGUCGCGUUGACAUUCUGGCAGCAUAUGACGUAGGCGUACACUAAACCUAAACAAGAACGGUGCCAUGAAAUGUCCCGUGUGGUGGUUGUGAGCUAAGAGGACGGUUGACUGAAUACUGUGGGGCGGGCAGGCAAACAAACAAACAGCGGAAAGCUGACGUUGGCACAGCGGCAAAUAACUUUGGAGUACAGCCGUGCGUAAUUGCGCACGCAGGUUCCCGCAGUUUCACACGUUCUGGCGCGGGUCGGGUGGAGAGACUGAGUGCACUUUGUCAUGUUCAAGUUUUACGUAGAAAAAGUUGUCGAUUAUUAACAAUACAAUUGAGGAAUUUUAAUAAAACGGAGAGUUUUAAUGUGCCACGUGUUACCGGGCAGCAUGUUGAGAUGUGACAUAACGGCAAUAAUCUCUGAGAGGACGGCGCGUUUUAAAUUAUUGAAUUGACAAAGUGAUCAUUCCGACACGGUUGUGUAUCGCUAUAUUACCCCUCCGGUGCCUUGCUUUGUGUGUCCGUUUUGUACACUGACUGGGAUAAGGACGCUUUAAAUGCAAUGUACAGUCGUCGUUUAAUAUAGAAAGUUUGCAUAUACUAUAUUUUUGUACACAUUCGGUGUCGUGUAACUCGUGUUGAGAGUGUUUGGUUGACUUGUAAAACGAAACGGGAUGUAAAUAAUCUGAACUCCUUGGUCCUACUGACUCGAUGCUUGUUUUGUGAUUGUUGUGAGGCUCAUUAAAUGUA